AUGGCGCACCCUGCUGAUGAUCAUAGAACUCGUCGUCAGUUCGCUGGAGGCGACUCCAGCCACUCCAAUCGUUCGCGAUCCGACCACACCCAACAGUCCACAGGCCGAGCCCCCACUAACAGAUCAUCGAGGACAAGCAGAGAACACACGGACGAACAUGUUGCAUUCGGGAGAUGGAGAGCCCAGAAUUCCGCUGGCCCACUCGCGCGCCCACUGGGUGGACUCAUUGGUUCCUUCUUCAAGGAAGCGAGAAGACUCAUGGGAACCGACGAGACCACAAUGCAAAGUGUCAUCAAAUGCCUCUCCUCGGAAGGUGGGUUGAAACGGAUCCAAGAGCUCAUUGAGCGUGACUUUACGCCCUUCUCGGCGGCUGGGCAAAAGGUGAUCUUUCACGAUGAGAUUCUUCCUUUCCUGGAGGUCAUUACCUUCCCGAAUGUUGUGGCAUCACUGGUACUUGAGCAGGCUGUGGUUACAAUGUACAACUGCAUCUUUGGCCCUCAGGGUCGUCGGGCUCAUCCAUUCUUCAUGUUUCUAGCGGAAUAUGCGGAAUCGGAAACUGGAAAUCCCCUGGAUGUCGCCAAUCAUCUCGAGAUGUCUCUACUCGCUUUCUCUCAGGUCAUCGAAUUGAACUCGACAGCAUUUGUUCAUGAUGGCUUGAAAAACGUUGCCAUCAAGUUUGCGAAACUCCUCACCACGCUUUCAGCCUCAAACGAAGCAAUUUCCCUUCACAAGUCAGUUCAAUACCUGGAACGUCUACAGGGCCAGCUUGAUGUUGGGCUGGCUCUGCCAAACUUGCUGGGCAAUUUGAAGAAGGUUACGCCUGUCCAGAAGCCUGCUACGUUCGUCACUCAGAGAGACCCGCCCGGUGGCCGCCACGACAAUGACCAUGAGAACAUCACAAGAAUCAAGAUCAUGCCAACCUUCGAGGAAAUAACGAGCUCUCGUGCGGAGUAUCUUCCAGUGAAAGACCCUCGACAAUGGCAUGUCAAUGGAAUUUCUGGGCUCCUCGACAGAAACUUUCGCCUGCUGCGAGAGGAUACAAUUGGUCAACUGCGAGAUGUGAUUCAUGCUGAGCUGUGGCCGAGUCCUCACAACAAGAGUCCUAGAGCUCAGACGCGAACUCAUGUGUACAAACAAGUCACGGUUGAAGGUGCAGAUCUCCAUAAGACUUCUGGGUUGCAGUUUGUAGUGAGCUUCAGCCAACCAAUGAAUGUCCGAGGACUGGUCGAAGAAAAGAAGCGAGAGGAAUGGUGGAGUCUCUCCAAACGACUUCAGUCAAGUGCGCUUGUGUGCCUCCUCGAUCCAAGGGGAUUCGCAACAUUCUGUGUGGUCUAUACCCCUCCUCGACCCAACAAGAAGGCAGCCGCCACCGAUGAGCGUGAGGUCUUGUCUAGCUCGCUGUCGGAAGACCCUCAGCGGGCAUCCAUUAUCCUAGAGCUGGUGGAGCCCACUAGGGAAAAUUGGCAGUACAUCUUUGACUGCCAGGUUAUGAGAUCCACGGGAAACCCUUUGAAGAUUUCAUUGGUCGAAUUUCCAGGUAUUUUGUUGCCUUCAUUCCAGCCAACCUUACUCGCUCUCCAACAGAUGCAAAAGACUGGACAAGUGUCUAUGUCUGAAUAUCUCGCCCCCAAGGACCUGGAGUCACUUUCACUUUUGACCGAUGUACCACCCCCUAUCUAUGCAACAUCGCCAGGAUUCAGUUUUGAUCUAAAGUGCUUGAUGAAUGAUGGCACGACACUGAAGGUCCAUCCUUCUCAGCCGGCAGAGGUCGAAAGACUUCAGCGACACUCCUCUCUGGACCUUGCACAGGCUACCGCCCUAGUGAGCUCAUUGCAACGACGCAUUGGCCUGAUUCAAGGCCCACCAGGAACUGGGAAGAGCUACACCGGUGUGGCAUUGAUCAAGGUGUUGUUAGCAAACAAGAUGAACAUCGAGGGUGGACUCGGGCCAAUCAUAUGCGUCUGCUACACAAACCAUGCACUCGACCAGCUCUUGGAAGACAUCUUGAAGAGUAACAUCACAUCACAGAUCAUUCGCAUCGGCUCCCAAUCAAAGUCUGAUAUGUUGGAGCCGCUGAAUCUUCGACGAGUUGCCCGUGAGGGAGAGAAAACCCGAAUGGAGAGGAGGGAUCAGUGGAAUUUGCACCGAACACUUGAGCUGCAGGCAAUUGAGUUUCGAAAACUCAACCUCGACAUCAUUGGUACCCAGAGAGGUCUCAAAUAUCAUCUUGAGAAAAUCGACUAUUUCCAUUACAAUCAGCUCUUUGGCGAAGACGAUGAUGGUUGGCAGCGAGUUUCGAACACGAAAUCCGGUGAUAUUAUCGGAUCGUGGUUAAGGGGCGCGAAACAAAAUAGCAACCAGCCCCGCGAUUUGGAGACUCUUCUUAAAGUUCAUGUCGAUCAAAUGACCGCCCGAGAGCGGAAGGUUCUUUACCAACAUUGGACAGAAACACAGAGGACUGAAGCUUACAACAAUGCACAUUCAAUGCUUGUUUCCCAUGCCGAGACCAAGACGUCCUGGGAUGGCAUUAGAGAUGAGCUCGACCUGAGAUGCCUUCGCGAUGCUGAUGUCGUCGGAGUCACAACUACAGGUCUCGCACGGAGCUUGAACAUGUUGCGUCGGCUGAGGUCCAGAGUUCUGAUUUGCGAGGAAGCCGGAGAAGUUCUGGAAGCUCAUUUGUUGACUUCAUUGCUUCCAUCCAUUGAACAAAUGGUUCUCAUUGGUGAUCACCAGCAGCUCAGACCCCAGAUCCAAAACUACGGACUUUCUCGUGAGAGUGUUGAAGGUAAACAAUAUGCACUCGACCGAUCACUAUUCGAGAGGCUGGUCAACCCCGAAGAUGAGGUCGGAAUUCAAAUCCCAUUCUGCAGCCUAGAGACCCAACGAAGAAUGGCCCCACCGAUAUCUCGUCUGAUUCGCCAUACCUUGUAUCCACGGUUACAAGAUGCGCCAUCAGUUCUUGAUUAUCCAGAAGUUGUGGGAAUGCGGAAGCGCCUUUUCUGGCUAGAUCAUCGCUACCCAGAAGGUGAUCCCAACAGCGAAGAUCCAAUGACUACAUCGCAUUGGAACAAUCAUGAGGUUGAAGUGACAAUUGCCCUGGUUAGCCAUCUUCUUAAUCAGGGCGUCUAUCGGGGUGGAGAAAUUGCGGUCCUGACACCGUAUCUCGGUCAACUUCACCGCAUACGCCGAAGGCUCGCCGGCGCACACGCUGUUACGUUGAGCGACAGGGAUCUGGAAGAUUUAGAGAAUGCAGGCCUCGCGGGAGACGACACCGAUCUCCCAAAGACCACAGCAUGCAAGUCCACCAUGCUUGAGCCACUGAGAGUUGCAACAAUCGACAAUUUUCAGGGCGAGGAGGCAACAGUUGUGGUGAUUUCUCUCGUCAGAAGCAACAGCCAGAAUCGAUGUGGCUUCCUCCGCACGCCAAACCGCAUCAACGUUCUCCUUUCCCGCGCCAAGCACGGCAUGUACAUCAUCGGAAACUCAGAGACGGCGAGAGGCGUUGAGAUGUGGGGCAAGGUUCUUGGAAUCAUGGAGUCAGAAGGAAAUCUGGGAGAGCAGCUGGAGCUCAGUUGUCCUCGACACCCCGACACUCCAAUUGCGGUAGCAGAGCCGGACCAUUUCGUGCAAUUCUCGCCCGAGGGAGGAUGCAAUAUCAAAUGUGGGAAGCGCCUUCAGUGUGGUCAUCCAUGCAAACAGAAGUGCCAUUCUGAGAUGCUCCACAACGUUGUGUAUUGCCCAGAACCUUGCCCUCGUCCUCGGAAGGAGUGUGCACAUUCCUGUCCUCGGAAGUGCGGGGAUGUCUGUCAGCCGAAGUGUCUUGUCCCUACGUUUGAUGCAAAACGGAUAUUGCCCUGUGGCCAUCCAAUGCGGACGCUCCAAUGCUGGGAGGCACAAGAUCUGACUCAAGUCAAAUGCCCAAAGAUUGUACCCAAGGAGGUCCCAGGUUGCAAGCACACAGUCUAUGUCGCAUGCAAUAUCGAUGUGACUGCCAAUGAGUACCGCUGCAAGAAGGAAUGUGGUGCUGCAUUGACUUGUGGGCAUGCCUGCAAGCGUUUGUGUUGGAAUUGCGUCCAGAAAACGGAAGAAGGCCCAAAAGUCGAGCAUCAACCAUGCAAGCAGAAAUGCGACAGACCGUACACAGCUUGCUCCCAUACCUGCCAGAUAGAGUGUCAUGGAAUGGUUGCGUGCCCGCCUUGCAACUCGCCUUGUGAUGUCGAAUGCGGACAUUCAAAGUGCCCUCGGAAGUGCUCUGAGCCAUGCGCCCCAUGUGCGGUCUCAAAUUGUCUUUCCGCGUGUCCUCACAGCGCUUGCUCAAUGCCAUGCGCCGCGCCCUGCGACCAUGUUCCAUGUUCUCUGCGCUGCGAGAGUCUCCUGUCUUGCAGUCAUCGGUGUCCAUCUGUUUGCGGCGAAAUUUGUCCUUCUGUGAAGUACUGCCAGAUUUGCGCUUCGAAGGAUAUCAAAGAGACACCCGUGGACUUCAUCUUGGGUGAGAAAUACCAAGAAAUCGAUCUCAAUGAGAAUCCAUGCAUAUUCCCCCGAUGUGGUCAUUUCUUGACGAUUGAGAGCAUGGAUGGUCAAAUGGGCAUCAAGGAGCAUUACCAUCUGGAUGAUUCCGGAACUCCAAUAUCCAUUGCCUUAUCCUCCGAGCCCUUCUCAAUUGACGACAUUCGAAGAUGCGCUACGUGUCGCGGAUCACUGAGAAGCCUAUCACGCUAUGGAAGACUCGUUCGACGCGCACUACUGGAUGAAGCUACCAAGAAGCUCAUUUUGUACGUCAACCAGCAAUAUGUGCCUCUAGCCCAACAGUUAUUGGCUGCGUUGGCCAGACUGCAGAAUCGCAAGGAUGCCGAUACCAAGGCAGCGGCCGUCUCCAUGUUUGAAAGUGGUGACGACAUCAAACUUGCGGGCUCGCCAGGGCAACAGGUGCUCAGAAUGAGUGGUAUCGUCGGCAGCAGGACUCAGAUCCUUGCUUGGGCUGAUAUCCUAACCCUUCGCCGCAAGAUCAAAGAGUAUCAAAAGAAGGUCAAGGUGGAUGAGCAGCCAUUUAAUCAGGUUCGCAACAUGGUUGAGGAUGCACGUCGGCGCAAGAAAACUUCAAAGGAAUUCACAUUUGACGAAAGUGUUCUGCAGACCAAGGGGGAGAUUCAAGCCGCGUCACUGCUACUUCGUCUUGAACUCGCUCUUCUGACAGACUUCCUCGGCGUGAAGAAGCUUGUUCCUCAAGGAAGGGACCGACGCGAACUUUUUAUCAAUUUUAAGGAGAACAGAGCCGUCUGUCAGCUCAUGAUCAAUGAUGCGAUCGACACUCAUCGGAUCCUACAUCAGACGGAAGGGACGAUCUUCCUUGCUCAAUUUUACAUCCUGGAGUCACAACAUUCGAUGGAUCCAGUCCUCGCCGAAGAUCUCCGAAAGGAAGCUACAAUUGUCCUUGACGAGGCCCAAACACUUUGCGAUCUAAACCCCGGACAGACACGCGGUCUACCCGAGGAAGUUGAAGGCACCAGGAUUAUGCUCAACAAGGGGACAUUUUAUACGCAGGUCAGCCACGAGGAACGCCUGGAGAUUUUGCAGGCGAUGGCACAGGAGUUCAGAGGCACUGGCCAUUGGUACCAGUGUGAGAACAAUCAUCCCUUCACAAUCGGAGAGUGUGGAGGAGCCAUGCAAAUGGCCAGGUGUCCCGAGUGCGGAGCGCCUGUCGGUGGUCGCAAUCAUGAGACCGCUGCGGGGGUGAGUCGGGCCGAGGAGUUGGAGGUGAUGAUAGAAGGAUUGGGACUUGAUGAUUGA